AUGAGCCAUUAAAAGAGAAUAGCUAUAAUAACAGGUAGUAAUAGAGGGCUUGGAAAAGCAAUAGUACAAUAUUUAGCUCAAAGCGAAUUCAGUUAAUUUUACCAUGUAAUCAUGACAGGCAGAAAUGUUGAUUAAGUUUCACUUGCUUAAGAGGAAAUACUGUAGAACAUUUAGAAAUAAAAGCAAAAAUGCUAAAUAGAAGUUUAAAGAUUAGAUGUGGCUGAUAGUAAGAGCAUUAAGUAAUUCAGUAAUUGGUUUUAAAACAAUUUUGAUAGGUAUGACGUUCUUUUUAACAAUGCUGGAGUAGUAAACAAGUAGUUGGAUGAUUAUAACUUACAAAAGAAACCUGACUAAGAAAAUGCUAGAUGGACAAUGUAAACCAAUUUUUUUGGUACUAUUGAGCUAACAAAGUGUCUUCUUCCUAACCUCUCUCAGGAUGGAAAGAUACUAAUGAUGAGUAGCAAUCUUGGAAUUCUUUAAUACUAAGGCGAGAAAGGAAAACAAUUCCUUAGCAACCAUAAUCUAAAUGAAUAAGAUUUAAUCUAAGCAGCAUAGAAUUACAUAAAUAAUGCUAACUAAAAUGAUACAACAAUGUUUUGUAAUUCUUCAUAUCAUACAUCUAAGGCUCUUCUUAAUUCGUAUUGUAGAAUUGUUGGACCUAAAAUCCUUGAACCUAACCAAUCAAUGUACGCUAUUAGUCCUGGCUGGGUGAAAACAGAUAUGGGCGGAGAAUUUGCAGAAGAAACCAUUGAGUAAUCUGGUCCUUUUUUAGCGGAUUUAAUAACAAAAUUACCAUAUGGAAGAAAUAAAUUAUCAUUUAAAUUUAUUGAAAAGAUGAAAGAAAUAGAUUACUGA